AGCUGCGGGCCAACAUCACAGCAUCGCAAGGCCCCAUUGGCCCCCGGCAACCACGCGUCCAGCAGGAUCAGGGUGAGCUGCGGUUGGUCUCAACUCGAGAUCGUGCUGCGGGUGCGUCGUCCACUUGCACGCCUGUCCGGCCCCCCCUUUUUGCCGCCUUUACGACCUGGUCAAUUUUUCCCAAUGCCAAUUUUAGGAUUCCUUCCCUCCCAUCCAUUGCAAUUUGCUGCGCACCUCGCCGGCUCGCUGAGUCGCCUGCGCCACAUGGCCGCAGAAGAGCCCAUUUCAACUUCAUCGGCAUGGCGCCAGGAACGGCGACGCACUUGUCCGCAAAGGGAGGACUUGGGCUAGGCCCCUGGGGCACCUGUCCGUAUUGCCCUUGUGGGCCCCACGAUGCGACGCAAUCAAAAGAAUCCUGGCCCGCGCCCGCACACCCAAGCAGCUGCGGGUAAAGAAGGGGCUCUCGUUCUACUCCAGACUCUUUUGCUGCUCAGGUCCUGUCGACCUGCAUGCCAUCCAGCACAACAGCCAGGAGCCCCGCCGCCCCCAAAGAAUGUGUCCGAGAGGCGCAAGUCCAAGGGGGAACGUCCAGUUCUGAGCAAUAAAAACGGAGCAGUGUGGGACUCGCCGGGAGCUUUUUGAUCCUUCCACGAGGUCCCAUUACCCCAGGGCGCCAGACACUCGGGGCAUUUCCCCCUCGACCAUCUCGUCGGUAGCGCAUGACCACUGCUGUCUUGUUCGUCGACCAUGUUGAUCUUGCGCCUUGUCCUGGCCAUGGCCGCUCCGCUCGUGGCCCGGGCCCAGGGCGCUGCAUCGGCCAAGGUCACGUCCAUCUUCAUUGACACUGUCUCCGGAUACGACGAGCUCUCGACAUGUGCCGAGGAGGUCCUCUCGACCAUCGUACGAGCGCAGUACAGCGGGUGUGGUGACAAGGGCGCCGUGACGAGCUACACAUGUUUCUGCACCGACUCAAGCUCACUCAUGAGCGGCAUGAUCACGAAUGCCAUUUCAGAUCGGUGCGACUCGUCAAUCGUCUCGGACCAGGCCUCAAGUGCAAUUGACGUCUUCGAUGCGUACUGCGCCAUCGGGGUCCCGGGUGACCUGGCGACAGCGACUACGGCCGCUUCAACGGCGAGCGGGACAGCAUCUGCGUCGCCAGCAUCGACGGCGUCGCCAACUGCGGCAUCGGCGACACCUGUGGGCUCCGCCCCUGUAACCCCGACCUCAACGUCAGCCCCGAGCUCGUCAAUGAGCCGUUCCAGAGUCGUGGCCAUCGCGGUGGGGAUUUCAGUGCCAUGUGGCAUCAUAGCCAUCGCAAUAGUAGCGUCUCUGAUCUGGUGCCGCCGCCGCCGGAGACACGAGCAGCUGAGAUCCGAGAAGCGCCAGCAGCUGGAGUCAGCGUCCCAGGCGGCGGGCGUGGGGAGUCUGAGGCCCGAGUUCAGAUGGCCGGCCCGGAUCGCAGGUACGACGCAGGAACUGCCGACCCAGUAUCACAGCCACGAGAUGCCAACCAAGGCGCCUGUCGUGGCUUCGCCCAGCAGUUCGGAAUACCACAUAUCGCCGUUGCCGGUCGCACCGUCGCAUCAGAAGCAACCUGCUUACCAGUUCCAGUCGGAGAAGAUCCCAUAUCAGCACCAGGAGUUCUACCAGCCGGCUAAAAAGGAGCAGGACCAGCAGCAGGAGCCACAGGAGCUGCCAACCGGGAUCGAGGACAGGCACGAGUUGGAAGGGAGCCCCAGCCCGCUGUCACCGACGGGUCGUUUCUCGUAUCAGACAUAUGAAAAGUGACCAGGCGAGGCAUCACCAACAGCGAGAAGAUACCCGAUUUCCACUGUAUUUAUGACCUAAUGUAGAUAAUGAGGUGGCUUUCCCAAGAAGCCAAUACGAUCUAGCUGCUGCUUUCCCACGAG